AUGAUUAUAAAGGAAGGGUCUUUAUCGAGAGGAAGAAGAAGAAGAAAAUAGUGAGAGUGAGUGAUUAAACAGUGAAUUACUUUCAAAAAUGGAGAUUGGAUUUCUGGGUUUGGGAAUAAUGGGCAAAGCCAUGUCAAUUAACCUUCUACGCCAUGGCUUCAAAGUCACUGUUUGGAACAGAACCCUCUCCAAGUGUGAUGAACUCGUGGAACAUGGUGCUUCAGUUGGAGAAACACCUGCAGCUGUAGUCAAGAAAUGCAAAUAUACAAUUGCAAUGUUAUCUGAUCCUGCAGCUGCUUUGGCGGUUGUGUUUGAUAAGGAUGGUGUUCUCGAGCAAAUUAAUGGAAAAGGUUAUAUUGACAUGUCAACAGUUGAUGCUGAGACAUCUAUCAAGAUAUCCGAGGCAAUCAAAGCAAAAGGUGGUGACUUCCUUGAAGCUCCUGUUUCGGGUAGCAAGAAGCCUGCAGAAGAUGGUCAACUAGUUAUACUUGCUGCCGGAGACAAGGCAUUCUAUGAUGAAGCACUUCCAGCAUUUGAUGUACUUGGAAAGAAAUCUUUCUUUUUGGGUGAGGUUGGAAAUGGAGCAAAAAUGAAACUUGUUGUCAACAUGGUAAUGGGAAGUAUGAUGAAUGCUUUCUCUGAGGGACUGACACUUGCUGAAAGAAGUGGCUUGAACCCUAGCACACUUCUUGAUGUGCUGGAUCUUGGGGCCAUAAGUAACGGCAUGUUUAAAUUGAAAGGACCGACAAUGCUUAAGAACAGUUACGCCCCUGCUUUUCCACUGAAACAUCAGCAGAAGGACAUGAGACUGGCUCUUGCCCUUGGAGAUGAAAAUGCUGUACCAAUGCCUGUCGCAGCUGCAGCAAAUGAGGCAUUCAAGAAAGCCAGAAGCUUGGGAUUAGGAGACCUUGAUUUUUCAGCUGUCCAUGAGACUUUGAAAUAAAAGCUAUUGAUUGAACUACUGUUAUCAGCAACAACAGCAUGAUGUAAACCACAUAUAUAUAUGAAAUGGCUGUUUGAGCAUAGGUCAUUACUAUAUUCUCUCAUUUGAAUGCAUUGAUGAACCUUGUAAACAUUUGCACUCUUCAAAACAUGAAAUUUUAUUAGCUAGCGCAUGGAUUCGGUUCAAUA